UUAAACUUAACAUUCAUUAUUUAGAACUUUAAGUGCGAACACAGUUUUGUUUAAUAAAAAAAAAACAGAAAAAUGUUAAAGUUUUUAAUAGUUUUAACUCUAGCAGUGGUGGCUAUUAAGGCCUACGAUUUCUCAGAUGUGGAUUAUAAUCAAUUUUUAUUUGAUGAAUUUGAGUUUUUGAAUGAAGAUGUUGCUUUGUCUCGUCAAAGACGUGAUGCUGAAGUUACUCCCACUGGUGACAAGAAGGAAUGUGGGGGCAAGUGGAAAAAAGAUUUUGCCUGUUGCGUUGGCGACAAGCUCGAUAUGGAGCAUGUUAAACAAAUGAAAGAGGUUAAGAAACAGUGUGCCAUGAAAUUGAGAGCUAAUAACUCUGAUGUUGAAAACUUCGAUCCCUUCGACUGCGAAAAGAUGAGCAGAAUUAAACAGUUGAUUAUUUGUGAAGGUGAAUGCUUUGCCCGCGCCAUUAACGUACUUGACGAAAGCGGUAAAUUAAAUCGUGAAGCUAUUAUCAAACGUUUUGCUGAUCAUAUGGUAGUUGAAAGUGAUUGGAAAAAGGCUGCCUAUGAAGGUUAUGUAGACAAGUGUUUGGCUCAGGUCGAAGCCAAACAACAGGAAGUAAAAGAACCACAAUGCAGCACUGCUCCCAUGGAAUUUCAUCACUGUAUAUGGGGUGAAUUUAUCAAUGGUUGUCCAGCUGAUUUACGUAUCGAUUCUCAUAAGUGUAAUAGGAUGAGAGAGCGUCACGCUCAAGGUACUGCUUAUUUUUUGAAUAAACAUUUAUUGCAUGGUUUCUUGCAUCACAGUCAUCGGGGUCAGAGUUCGGAACAAAAUGAAAAGUAAAGUAUUUAUUUUAUAAUUUAUUUUGAAAACAUAAAUAAAUGAAAAUAUUUUAUAAUAGAAA